CUACGAGGCAUCACGUUCACUUCGACUGCUCUAAGCCUGGGACACUUUUCAUCUCCUGUCACAACGACUUUGACAGUCUCUUAAGGAUUCACAGAGUAGUCAACUGCUACAAUGAUACAAAUUGUCAAGAUUUUGACGGCAUCAGGUCUUCUCUGAAAAAUAAAUGUGACAAUGAAGACGAAUGUGCUACUAUCUAUCCAUGUGGACUGAACAACCCCCCUUCGGUCGUUCUAAAUGUUCUUUACGAGUGCUGUUACAACCCGUUUGUUGUGGGCCACACUCAUCCUCACAGCCACGGCCCUGAGGGAGACCAUCACGGCCCUGAUAAUGGCGCUCACGGACCACAUCGCAGCCCACAUCGUAGUCCUCACCGUAGUCCUCACCGUAGUCCACACCGUAGUCCACACCGCAGCCCUCACACACACCUCCACUUCCACAGCCCUGGAUCUCCAAAUGCUCCUCUACCAAACACUGCCGGCGGAUGGGAAUCUCACUUGCACGAAACCCCUGAUGCUUUGACUCCACGAUCGCCACAUUCUCACCGUUCACGCCAUUCUCACCAUUCUCAUCAUUCUCACCACUCUCACGGCCACGCCCCUUCCCCUGCUCACCGCACUAAAGGCGGGAAACACACGAAGCCAAAACGCCGCCGUUACUAAGAUCAAUAAGAAACGAACUGAGUUCGACAGAAUGGCCGUCAUGUUUCGAGACACAUACUUGUAACAUAUAGCACAUUCCUACUACCGUAUUUUUAACCUCUUGGUCGUUUCUACUUUUAAUACAUGUUUUUAACAGUUUAUUUUAUUCUAACGUAUGCAGAAGUUGAUUUUUGUACCUAGAUAGUUUUGUGAAUUUUUGGACAGUAUUUGAGUUUUAACAUAUUUUAUUAUUGUUCAUUCAUUUCUUGUAUUAAAUAUAUUGGGAAAAUGGC